AGGUAGGCAGCGCCUCUCGCGAGAGCUGGCGUCGGGCGAAUUGUAGGAAGCGCCGGGCUGGCAAUGGAUGAGGGAGAGGUGGCGCCGUGUCACCGUGGACCAAGGGUUUUAUGGUCUAAGUGAAGGAUGAUUGUCAAGAGUUUUCGCAAUCCGUAUGGAUAUCCUUCCAGGAUAAAACCUGCUUAAUGUAUGCUCCUACCUAUCGCUAAAAUGGAGCAUCAUUCAAGAGAAAAUAACAGCAUUGUACCAUCACUUACUGAUUUGGAAGGUUUUCUCACAGAACAUAAUUCUAACGUUGUGUGGCUGUUUGUUGCCACAAUCCUAUCGUGUGGAUGGAUCAUUUAUUUGACUUACUACAAUUCCCGUAAUUUAGGUCUGAUCCUGACUCAGGUUCUCAACAGACUCUAUAAAAAUGGAUAUGUCCACAUUGGUUCAUUUUCAUUCUCUGUGUUGUCUGGAAAGGUCAUGUUUCGUGAAAUUUAUUAUAUCAAUGAAGAUGUGUCUAUCAGAAUCCAAGAUGGAUUUCUCAUCUUUCGUUGGUGGAAAAUGUACAAUCCCAAACAGAAACAGCAUGAUCCAAAAGCAGAAACCAGAUUAUAUAUAACAGUGAACGGCUUUGAAUUCCAUGUUUACAAUCGUUAUGACUUGUAUGCACAUUUGCAAGAACUCUUUGGAUUGGAACCAACAAUCAUUCCUAAAAGGGAAAGUACAAAGAUAAAAAAGAGUCGGGAGAAAGCAAAGUCUAAACUUGAAAGCAUUACCACUGAAACACAAGAUCCCUCAUCAUCCUGGCGAUCACUCAUCCCAGUUAUUAAAGUUGAUAUUAAUACAGGUCGUCUGGCAUUCGGGAACCGUUUUUUACCUCAGACGCUCUGCAUAAAUUUUGAUGAUGCUUUCUUGACUUAUACUACAAAACUACCUUCUAGUCACCUUGACCAAUUUAUGCACAUCGUGAAAGGAAAAUUGGAAAAUGUUAGAGUUAUGCUUGUUCCCAGUCCAAGACACGUUUGCCUGCAAAAUGAUGAACCACCUCGGUUGAUGGGAGAGGGCUUUGUAGUAAUGCAAUCAAAUGAUGUUGAUAUCUAUUACUACAUGGAUGAACCAGGUAUUGUACCUGAAGAAACAGAUGAAAAUGCUGAAGAAAGUCCAGAUAACGAAAGUACAAAAUUACAAGACUUGCCACCCUGUUGGGGACUUGACAUUGUUUGUGGUAAAGGAACAGACUUUAACUAUGGACCUUGGGCAGAUAGACAAAGGGAAUGUUUGUGGAAGUUUUUCUUUCCAGCUGAUUAUCAGAAACUGAAGGUCACUGAAUUAGCAAAACCUAGAAGGCCACGGCAAAUUCUUGCAUUUGAACUGCGCAUGAAUAUCAUUGCAGAUGCGACUAUUGAUUUGCUUUUUACAAAGAACCGGGAGACCAAUGCCAUACAUGUAAAUGUUGGAGCAGGUUCCUAUUUGGAAGUCAAUGUUCCUAUGACAGUAGAUGAAAAUGGCUUUUCACCGACUAUUAAAGGUCAGCUUCUCCAUGUGGAUGCAACGAGUAGCAUGCUGUAUCGAACUCUGUUGGAAGCAGAAAUGUUAGCUUUUCAUCUCAAUGCCACCUAUCAAAGGAUAUGGAACAUGCCUCAGGAGUGGCAAUGUGAAAUUGAAGUAUAUAAGGCAACGUACCAUUUUAUUUUUGCUCAGAAGAACUUCUUUACUGACUUAAUACAAGAUUGGGCUAGUGAUAGUGCUCCUGAUAUCUACUCAUUUGUUCCAUACACUUGGAAAUUAAAAGUGAUGUUUCAUCAGUUUGAGAUGAUCUGGGCAGCAAAUCAACACAACUGGAUAGAUUGCUCUACCAAACAGCAGGAAAAUGUUUACUUAGCAGCAUGUGGAGAAACACUGAAUAUCGAAUUUGCAUUACCUUUUAAUGACUUUGUUCCUGAAACUUGCAACACAAAAUUUUGUUUGAAGGCUGAAAAUGUAGAUUUGCGUUUAUUUCUCCCUGACUGCCACCCCAGUAAGUAUGCUACUGCUACAUUAGUAAAUGACUCCCAGCCCAACAAAGUAACUCCUCAGGCAUCUGCUUCAAAUGAGUCUCAAGCUAGUCAAAAAGCAAGAAAACUGAAAUGGCGCAAUGUUACUCAACCAGAGAUUGACUGGAUUGAGUGUUGGUCUGUACCAAAUAUUCUACUUUCUAUUGACUAUACUUGGCAUCCCAUCUACCCUCAGAAAGCUGAUGAGCAGCUGAAGCAAAGCUUAUUUGAAAUGCAGCAGUUGACAUCAAGAUCAUCACAGAAGGCUGCUGAGCGAAUUGUGCAUUCUCCUUCAGUUUCACAAAAACUGCGGAUAGAUCCAUCUGAACUCUUACCUGAUAAACUACACGUGGAAUUAGAAAUGGCUCCAGAUUCACAAAUCACUCUUUAUGGGCCAUUGCUUAAAGCAUUGUUGUGUAUAAAGGAAAACUACUUUGGAGAAGACGACAUGUACACAGAUUUUGAGGAAGCUGUGGCAAGUCCUGUGCUGUCAUUGUCAACAUCUUCUAGUUCUGGAUGGACAGCAGUUGGUGUUGAAGAAAAUGAGAAGAAAGAAACUGAGGGUGGAAGUAAGCAGAUUCACCCACUUACACUCCGCCCAUGGGAUAUCUCUGUCCUCAUUAAUUUAUAUAAAGUACAUGGAAGACUGCCAGUGCAUUGCAGUGGUGAUGGUUCAGAGUGCCCCACAGCAUUCCUGGAGAGGCUUUGUUUUGAAAUGAAGAAGGGUUACAAGGAGACGAUGCUGCAGCUUAUAUUGUCACCUGUUUACGUUUUUGUAAGCGACAACUACCCGAGGCCAUCUGUGGAUGGGCUAUUGCGUGAAGGCCACAUCAGCCUGUCUGGAUUGCAGCUACGAGCCCAUGCCAUGUUCUCAGCAGAAGGACUACCACUAGGCAGCACAACAUUAGAAUAUGCAUGGCUGAUUGAUGUGCAAGCUGGCCUGCUAACAGCAAAAGUAACUUUGCCACAGCUGGCAACUUUACUAGAGUGGGGCCAAACAUUCAUUUUUCAUGUGAUGUGUCAAGAAUAUGAAUUAGAAAGGCCCAAAUGUAUCGUCAUAUGUCAGCAUGGAGUUGAUCAGCGUUUCUGUGAGUUAAAGUUGAAAAGUGUGCCUGGGCCAUGUCAACGAUCAGAUGAUUUGAAGUACACUAUGACUCGCAUAGCAAUUGAUGGAGCAGAUCUUUUUAUUGUUGAACAUGGUUGUGCAGGCAAUUUAAAGGUAGGGGCCAUUCGCAUUGCUACUUGUAAUCUUCAUAACCAAGCAGUAGGAGAAGGUGUAAGUGCUGUCAUGCAAGAUGUUCGGUUGAAGCAAUACAUCGAACAAUUGGAAAACAGUAGGCUUGGAGUUCAGUCCACGGUACUCCGUCGAUCACAUUGGCUGGAAGCUGGUUCAGUAAAUUUUGGAUUAAUCACUGCAGAUGUAGCUUUGGCUGCAGAUCAUCCUGCAAAACAUGAAGUGCAGAGACAAUUCUUGGAAACACAUGAUAACAGAACUAAAAGGUUAUGGUUUCUAUGGCCAGAUGAUGAUGUUAAAAACAAACGAAGCAAAAACAAGUGUGGUUGCCUUGGUGGUUGCAAGUUCUUUGCAGGCACAUCUUCAGGACUUGAUUUCUUCAAACUGGAUGAAAUGACCCCCUCUACAAGUUCUGCCUACUCUACCAUAAACACAGAAUUAGAAAUGUUCUAUGGUCAGUCAUUGUUGCAGCCAAAUGAAUGGAUAAUCACUAAGGAUACUUCAAAGACUGCAGAUGGUAAGACAAAUGGAGCAAAAAGAAAAGAAUGGGAUUGCAGAUCGUUGGGAACUGAUUCAGAGAGAAAGAACCAGCAUAAUAAUUUGCAGGUUCCUUUACGAUCUCACAGUUCAACAUCCUCAUCUGAAGAAAACAGUAGUUCUACUGCUGCACUCCCUCUGUUGGCAAGUGAAAAAAACAGUCCUUCCUCUAAUGCUGAUGACAUUAUUGUACAGAUGCAUAUUCCCGUUUUAAGCACAGAGGAAACAAUUGGAAAUGGUCCAGCAGAUGUUUCAGGAAGCACUCCAGUUUCUCCCAAUAAUCAAGAUAAAUCUUUCGCCCAAUCUCCUUUGAAACGGCAGGCCUCUGUCUCUUCUACACGACUUGGAAGUACCAAGAGUUUAUCAGCAGCCAUUUUUGGUGAGCGGCAGCCUGCAACAAUGGGUGUACAGUUCACCAGCGAAGUGUCUCGGAGUGAUGAAAAUGUUUUGGAUUCUCCUCGUCAGAGGAGGAGUUUUGGAUCCUUUCCCUUCACUCCAUCAGCGGAUUCUAACACUUUUCAUCAGUAUCGAUCAGUUGAGUCCAGCAUAUCUGUGGCUGACAGCGAGGCAUACUAUUCAGCUGCUGAAGACUUCGACCCAGUCAGUAGUGAUGAGGGUCCAGGAACUUAUCCUGGAAGAAAGAAGAGACGUCGUACCCAAGCAGUAGACUACAGCAGGAACACAAUUUAUCACAGUGUGGAGGGACCAUUAACUAGUUCUGUUAAUGGAGACAACCAGGAACUGAAAAGCUAUCCCAUAAAAGCUCAUGCCUCGCAGGCGUCUUUUGUUUCUGCACUUGAAGGGGAAGAAGAGAUAAAUGAACAUAUAUAUACUGUAGAAGGUGAAAAAACUGUAGAUAACAGACAGCUGACACGUCAACAGAUUGUGAUGUCUUGUUACUUAAAUUACCUUACACAGUUGCAGGUCUCCAACUGGUCAGUAAAACAACCAACAAACAAGAGAACAUCAAAAUCUUCUCUGCAUCGCCCUCUAGAUCUUGAUACCCCAACCAGUGAAGAGAGCUCCUCUUCAUUUGAUCAGCUUUCUGUUCCCAUUUUUAAGGUAAUUAAACAAGGUCUUGCAGCAAGUGCAUUACUUGACAGAGGUGCUCAACUAAUGGGAUCAAAUGAAAGUACUCCAUAUACUCCACUGGAAAGGACGACAAUGGAAAACACGGAUGAUGAGACAGUUACUGAGCAAUGGAGUCUUGAUCAGCCAGUCACUCAGACCAGAACUACUGCCAUUGUAGAAGUAAAAGGAGCAGUGGAUGUUGUCCUUAGCCCACUUGUGACAGAAGCUUUUGACAGAUAUUUUGAAGCAAUGGUCCACUUUUCCAGCAUUUGGCACCCUUCUGCAAUUGUAGAUAAUCUGCAUGCUAAAGUGCUGAAGGAGGCUCUUCUGAACAGUAAAUCAGCAAGUUCAGAACUUACAACUGCAAAACAUGAAGGUAGAGCCUCCAAAAUAGAAAAUGGCACAACUGGUAUAACAAAAUCAAGCCAGGUACACAAGAACCCAGCAAAUAACCAAGAUAAUGUGAAAAUAAAAGGUCUUCAAGCUAAUGUUUCCAUUCCAAAGGUGAAUUUAUGUCUUUUACAAGCAUCAAUGGAAGAACCUCCAACCUUCAUCACAAACAAGAACAUAACACAGGUUUCUCUGGUUGCAUUGUGUUUUGACAGAAUUUCUACCCAAAUUCUGAUCAACAGGGGUAUAGUAGAAGAUGGAAGCAACAAUCCAGAUGUAGGCAGAGUAUCUGUUGCAUUUGAUAAGUAUGUGAAUGCAAGUAAAAUGCAGCCACAGUCAUCUGGCUCUCUUAGGUCAAAUGCAGGAGCAGAGAGGGGAAAGGAAUUGGCUGCCAAGCUCAAUGUCCAUCGAAUACAUGGCCAGUUAAGAGGUCUUAGUGCAACAGACUUAGGAACAUGUGCAAUUACUGCCAUCCCAUUCGAGAAGUCAAAAGUUCUUUUCACAUUAGAAGAACUGGAGGAUUUUACUUUUACAGAUGACACUGAACAUAUUAAAUCUACUGAGGGAACCAAACCUCCUCAAUAUGUAGAGAAGUGGGGCUGGAUAAUGUUUGAAUGUGGUAUUGAAAAUUUAACCAUAAAAGGAGGAAGACAGUCAGGAGCUGUUCUGUACAAUGUUUUGGGGGUCCUUGGAAAAUCGAACACAGCAGAAAGAAAUGGGAUGCUAAAGUCAGGUGACAGUACUGGCUCUCCAACUGGCAGUGGCUAUAGUACAGAUGUAUCGGAAGAUAACCUGCCUCGUGAUGAUAAAAGUCCAACUUCAGACAACAAUGGGAAUUCAGCAUCUGACGAUCAGGAUGAAGGUGUUGAGUCUGAUGACCUCAAGAAAGAUCUUCCACUGAUGCCACCACCCCCAGAUUCGAGCAGCAUGAAACUUACCAUUAGCGAAAUUUGGUUCAGCUUUGCCGCCCCAACCAAUUUACAUUCACGAAUUCAGAUUUACUCCAGGCAGCUGAACCUUUUAAGCACAGCUACACCCGCUAUUAGUGCCUGGCUUAUUCCCAUUGAUCAGUUGAAAUCUUCAUUGAAUAAACUGGAAAUGGAAAGAACUCUUCGUGUGUGUGCUGUGAUGGGCUGCAUUAUGACAGAAGCUCUGGAGAGAAAGAGUGUACAUUUUCCACUGAAGAGCAAGUACAACAGAGUUAAUAAAUUGGCUCGGUACCUACAGGAAAAUCCUUCCUGUUUACUGUGCAACAUACUUCAUCGAUACUUGCAGCAGGCAGACUAUUCUGUCAUCGAGGAUGCUACAAUGAACAAUGGUCUUCCUGCCCUUGUCACUCUAAAGAAGGGCUUGGUGGCAUUAGCUAGGCAGUGGAUGAAGUUCAUAGUAGUUACUCCAGCUUUCAAAGGAGUUAGUUUACUGCUUAGGCCAGCACAACUGCCAAAGCCACAAUCAAUGACACAGGCUCAUCGUCAAGCUUGUGGCUUGGACAAUGGAGGUGCCAUACAAAGUGACACAAGUGCUGAUGGAGCAGAAUUUGAAUUUGAUGCCGCUACAGUGAGUGAACACACCAUGCUUUUGGAGAGUAGUCGUCCACCAGGAGGUGGAACAACCUCUGGACCAGUAACUGGCUCUGACAUCAUGAGAAAGUUAUCCAAAACAAAUGCUCAUGCCCAUGAAUCCACUCUUAAAAUAAAAGGUGUUCACCCAUACCAGUCUCUCAGCUACACUAGUGGAGAUACAGUAGCAGACUCACCAGCCCAUAUUAGCCGUGCAGGACUGCCAACAAGAGAAAGCCCUAGAAAGGAAAGUCUACUGAGCUAUCUGACUGGGAGCUUCCCAAGUCUUCACAAUCUUCUCGAAGGAACUCCACAACGUAAUGCAGCAGUAAUUAAAAGCAGCUCACUUACACGUCAAGGAAAUGCCGUUGCUACAGAGAUGUUGUCUGAACAUCCACUUCUGUCUGAACCAUCGUCAGUCAGUUUUUAUAAUUGGAUGUCAAAUGCUGUGAGUAACCGAGGAAGCAUUACUCAAGAAUCACCAGUGCCCAGAUCUGGCCAUAACACUCUUCCAACAGGUUUGAUGUAUAAUCUUCCUACAAUACAAUCUGCAUCUGACUUUAAUACAAUGCUGUCCAGUGAUCAGAACACUCUGGAUGGCACGCAGUCACAGAACAGCACCAGUCAGGAUGAAAUUGUAGGUAUCGAGGAGGGUAAUCAAGGCCCUCCUGCUGUUCAGCUGGCUGAUGCGCAGGUUGUUUUUAAGCCUUUACUGAGCAACACUGGAAUACAAUCACAAGAUAUUGUACCUUUAACUUAUGGGAUGUAUUUUGGGAAACACUUGUCAUUCUCUGGAAGCCUGGACUGUCUCAGAGCAGAUAUUGUUGAUUCUGAUACAUCUAAAGAAAGGAAGAUCAGGAGAAAAAGAAGACAGGGCAUGAUAAAUCUUCCACCUCUUGACUUCAAACCAGCCCUGAUGUUUAACACCUUUUGCAUAAAUGCUGUUGUGAUGGACAGACCAACUUACAACCAGAACUCAACAAAUGCUCUCUCCUUCCAUGAACUUAAUAGACAUCACCAGAGCACCUUUCAUGUUAACUUUACUAUCUCCUGUCAGUCUAUCAGCCAGCAUGUAGACAUGGCAUUAGUCCGUCUCAUUCAUCAGUUUAGCACAAUGGUUGAUGACAUAAAGGCAACUCAAACAGACAUUAAACUGAGUAGAUACACAGCUGGGUCUGUAUCUCCCACACCAACAUUCAAAACACGGAAACAUCGGGAUUUCCGUUCAUCAGAUUUCAGUCGCAGUUCUCGAGGCAGUCUUAAUGGAGGUGGAAGAGGAAAUAGCACGAAAGCAAGCAAAAGACUUGGAAAUGAGAACAAUAAAAGAGAAUCGCGAAAUAAAAAUUCAUCUGGUCCAACACAAAGAAGAACCUCAAAGGUUUCCAGGAAGGGAUCAAAGGAUGUAGUGGACCAUGUGACUAUUCAUAUGGAUGACUCUGACUCGAUCACUGUGUCUGAACAAAGUGAGCCUUCUGCAGAGUGUUGGCAGAAUAUGUACAAACUGCUUAACUUCUAUUCAUUAAUCUCGGAUCCAACGGGUAUCCUUGAAAAAUCUUCUCCUGAUGUAUUGGACUCUACAGGUGGUAGAAGUCCCACUGAUCCUGCUUGCAAAGUAAUCUUUGAAAAUGAACAAGAAUGCUCAAGUCCGAAUAAACUGUCAAGGAAGCGCAGCUUAGUGAAUUCUGAACCCCAGCACGUCACCCUCAUAGUGUUUGGAGUUGGUAUGGUGAACCGCACUCAUCUAGAAGCAGACAUUGGUGGUUUAACAAUGGAAGCAGAGCUUAAAAAGAUCCAUGGAAGCUUUACGGUGAAAGAGAAAAUGAAAGAUGUUUUGCACCAAAAAAUGACUGAAACUUGCGCAACUGCUCACAUAGGUGGCGUAAACAUAGUCCUACUGGAAGGGAUUACACCAAACAUUCAGCUGGAGGAUUUUCCUACUUCACCUACAAGUACAGUCAAACAAGAAUUUCUAACUGUAGUUAAAUGCAGUAUUGCCAAAUCUCAGGCUCUCUACAGUGCCCAGAGAGGACUGAAGACCAACAACACAAUGGUUAUAAAAGUAGGAGCAAUCAGCAUCAAUAUCCCACAACAUCCUGCUACACUACAUAGCAUGAUGGUUCGGAGCUCUCACCAACUCUCCAAACAGAUUUCUGAUCUGAUUCGUCAGCCAUCAACAGGCAUACCAGUGCCGAAAGAGGAUGUUUCUACUCCCCAACCCUCUGAGAAGCCACCUUCAAGUGUCAAUCAAACUCCUGUUGAAACAAAUGAAUUUCCUCAGCUGCCAGAGGGAUUGGAGAAGAAGCCAAUUGUACUUAAAUUUAGUGCCUUAUUGGAUGGCAUCACCAUUGGCGCUGCAUUACUACCAUCUCUUAAAGCAGAAUACAAAAUGGGCAGGAUGAAAAGCCAUGGAAUGACAGGAGCCCAAACAAGGUUCACAUUUGAGCUGCCCAGUCACAGGCUGCGCUUCCAGUCCAAAGUAACACCUGUUGAUGUGGCUGCAUUGCCUCCAUCAGCCAGCCUUAACCUACCACAAGUUACCAUGUCUGGCGAAUACAUCAUGGAAGAGCAUGACUGUCACCCAGACAAGUCCUGGAAUGCAGAUGAGUUCCCGUUGAAACAAGGCAACUACCUACAGGGAAACUAUUUGCGAUGCGUUGCUGAGGUUGGUUCUUUUGAGCACAACUUGACAACAGACCUUUUGAAUCAGCUAGUCUUUUUACAGAAAGUUUUCAUGAAAGAGGUCAAUGAAGUUAUUCAGAAAGUAUCAGGAGGAGAGCAACCUAUACCACUGUGGAAUGAACAUGAUAUUUUAAUGGAUGGAGAAAAGCCCAAAAUUUUGCUCUACUCUUUGAAUCUACAGUUUAAGGGUAUCCAGGUUACAGCAACUACUCCUUCCAUGAGAGCUGUAAGGUUAGAGACUGGACUUAUUGAACUGGAACUUUCAAAUCGCAUCCAAGCUAAGGCGCAGCUAGGUGCAGGCCGUAACAGCAGCUAUCUGAAACUGUUUGGUAAAUGUCAGGUUGAUCUAAACCUGGCAUUAGGACAAAUUGUUAAACAUCAGGUCUAUGAAGAAGCUGGUUCAGAUUUUCAUCAAGUAGCAUAUUUCAAAACACGGAUUGGAUUGAGAAAUGCAUUGCAAGAAGAGAUCAGUGGUGCAUUUGAUAGAGAAGCUGUUCUCAUCACACUUAGUCGACCAAUCAUAUAUGCACAGCCUGUGGCCUUUGACAGAGCUGUCCUUUUCUGGCUAAACUACAAAGCUGCCUAUGACAACUGGAAUGAACAGCGAAUGGCAUUACACAAGGAUAUUCACGUUGCUACAAAAGAGGUGGUUGACAAACUGCCUGGAAUUCAACAGACCUCUGCUCAAGCAUUUGGCACGCUCUUUUUGCAGUUGACUGUGAAUGAUUUGGGCAUCUGUUUACCUAUCACUAGCACUAUACAGGCUAAUCAUGCCAUUGACUUCGAUCCUGGCUCAGCUAUGGUUCUGACAAUUGAGAGCACCUUGAUCACCGCUUGCUCAUCUGAAUCCCUAGUGAGCAAAGGUCAUUUCAAAAAUUUCUGCAUACGAUUUGCGGAUGGGUUUGAAACUAGUUGGGAUGACUGGAAACCUGAACUGCAAGGAGAUAUUGUAAUGAAUGCUUGUGUGGUACCAGAUGGGACAUAUGAAGUAUGUUCGCGGACUACUGGACAGGCUGCAGCAGACAGUAGCAGUGCAGGAACCUGGACAUUAAAUGUUUUGUGGAAAAUGUGCGGUAUAGAUGUGCACAUGGAUCCAAAUAUAGGGAAAAGACUCAGUGCCUUGGGUAACACAAUGACAACUUUGACCGGUGAGGAGGAAAGUGAUGAUAUUGCUGACCUGAAUUCAGUCAACAAUGUCGACCUAACAGAUGAGGAUGAACCUGACACCAUGUCUCCCACCAUCAUGGCUGAAACCAGUGACUAUCGAAGACAGGGUGUUACUGGGAGCCAAACAGCAGAUCCAAGGGGAAGAAAAUUUGUCAAACGUUUAGUGGACAUCAGAGAAUUGAAUGAACAAGCCAAAGUUAUCGAUGACCUGAAAAAACUUGGUGCAAGUGAAGGAACAAUAAACCAAGAGAUUCAACGUUAUCAGCAACUAGAAUCAGUGGCAGUGAAUGAUAUUCGCCGAGAUGUUCGCAAAAAACUACGGCGAUCCAGCAUGAGGGCUGCAUCCCUUAAAGAUAAAUGGGGUCUAGGUUAUAAGCCCAGCUACAACAGAUCGAAAAGCAUCUCAGCCUCUGGAAGACCAUCGAUGAGAAGACCAGAAAGGACCAGUUCUAGAGUAAGUGAGGUGGAAGAUGCUGGUGAAGUCCAAACUCCAGAGCAACCGAUACCUGGGGCAGGACCAAGAGUUACUUUUAAAGUGCAGGAAAUGCUGAAUGAUACAGCUUUGGCCCUAACAAGGCAAGCCAGCACUCCAAAGGAAGGGUACUUUCAGUUCCCUGAGGAGACAGAACUGGAUCUGUUAUCAGUCACCGUUGAUAGUCCAUCUCAUUUUUCACCUAUCAGUGAACGUUCAGUGUUUAGUUCACCUAACACCCCACGUGUUGUUCAACCAAGACUUGCCUUCCAGCUUGAUGAUGCAAAGCGCGAUGACAGUUUGACAUCUUCUAGUGAAGAAUCUGACCGAGAAGAAGAGUAUGAUAAAGAAAAAGCACAAUACAUCAGGAGGACACCACAUAGCAUGCGUAAAAAGUCUCCUGGCUUUGCUGCAGUUCAGCAACUUUUCAGUGACCGAUGGCCAUCGGCAGCAAUGAACAGAAAUUCCCUUAAUGCAACAACAGAAAGGAACAUUGAUUUUGAGCUUGAUGUUAGAGUUGAGAUUGAAAGUGGAAAAUGUGUAUUACACCCAACUACACAGCAGCCUCAACAAAUGGAACAUGAUGAAUUAAACAUGAAAAGGAAUAUAGAGAAGAAUUUUAAAAAUUUGGACCAGGAUACUCCUCCAAAGAAGAAAAAACCUCACCAAAGCUAUACAUCAAGUACGCAUAUAUCAGGUGGGAAAAAGGUGCCACAUACUCUUCAGACCAAGACAACAGAAUUUGAAACUACAGUUUUUUACAUUCCAGGAGUAGAUGUAAAGCUGCAUUACAAUUCCAAAACACUGAAGACUGAUUCACCAAACACCUCCAGAGGAUCAUCUUUGCCAAGAACUCUUUCUAAAGAAUCAAAACUAUAUGGAAUGAAAGAUACUGGUCUUCCUUCUUUAUCCACUACCACCUACACAAAGACUACUUUAUUGCUUCCUCCCCAACCUCCACCCAUACCAUCAGCCAAAGGGAAAGGGAGUGGAGGUGUGAAAACAGCAAAACUUUAUGCUUGGGUUGCUUUGCAAUCCCUUCCUGAAGAAAUGGUCAUUAGUCCUUGUCUACUGGACUUCCUAGAAAAAGCUCUGGAAACAAUUCCCAUCACUCCAAUUGAAAGAAAUUAUACAGCUCUCAGCUCUCAAGAUGAAGAUGUGGGGCAGUUUGAAGUUCAGGAUGCUUUAGAGGAAUCAACAAUAUCUCUUGUAUCCUCAUCCACAUCAGCAUAUUCUUCAUUUCCUGUUGAUGUUGUGGUUUAUAUAAGAGUGCAGCCAUCACAGAUCAAGUUUAGCUGUCUACCUGUGUCAAGAGUUGAAUGUAUGUUAAAACUUCCUUCAUUGGACUUGGUGUUUUCAUCAAAUAGAAGUGAACUGGAAAGCUUGGGUUUCUCACAUGCAUUCGAUGGAACUCAAGUAUCUGCCACUGCCACCCCGCUGCUUGCUCAUACUGUAUUAAAAGCUGCUGCCAAUAAAACAGGUACAUCUUCUGGAUUUGGCAGCCCACUUGGAAGAAGCCGACACAGUAGCAGUCAAUCUGAUCUUUCUUACUCCAGCACCACUGCAUCAGGGUUGAGCUUUACAGCUUGUAUGUCGGAUUUCUCUCUGUAUGUUUUUCAUCCAUAUGGAACUGGGAAACAGAAAACAACUGUAACUGGCCUGACUCCUGGAUCAAGUGCAUCUGGUGCUGUUGAAGAAGAAGCCAGUUCUGUCACAGGCCGUAAGGAUUCUCUCAGUAUUAACCUGGAAUUUGUAAAAGUUAGCUUGUCCAGGAUGAGGCGAUCUGGAGGGGGUUCAUUGUUUGACAACCAAACACCAAUCAAAAUUAACAGCAAGAUGGAAACCACUUUAAUUAAUAUCUCUGCUGUCUGUGACAUAGGAUCUGCUUCCUUCAAGUAUGACAUGCGUAGACUUAGUGAAAUUCUAGCCUUUCCAAGAGCCUGGUACAGAAGAAGCAUUGCUCGGCGCCUCUUCCUAGGUGAUCAGACAAUCAAUUUACCAGCUUCUGGACCUGUAACUCCGGAUUCUAUUGAAAGUCAACAUCUUUCUCCUGAAUCAACACGCAAGGCGUACUGGCGUACAUGGGAGCAAUCAGCACAGUCUUCAAAUUAUUCGCACGUGUCUCAGACAGCAAAUGUUUUCAACGAUCACACGCCAUCUAGCAGUACAUCACCAGCUGGCAUGAUUCACAGCGUGAAAUCCCCUUCGGUGAUCCGAUCUAGGACUAUCUCAGAUUCAUCCGUUCCAAGGAGAGAUUCUAUUACCAAAAUCUCUACAACAGCAUUCAGUAAGAACGGGAAAAUGGCAAACCAGCAAGCAGCACCUUGGGAGACAUUAGUCGUUUUUGCAAUCAAUCUGAAGCAGUUAAAUGUUCAAAUGAAUAUGAGUAACGUCAUGGGAAAUACUACGUGGACAACUAGUGGAUUAAAGAGCCAAGGACGGUUGUCAGUGGGCAGCAAUAGAGACAGAGAAAUAUCAAUGUCUGUUGGCCUCGGCAGAUCGCAGCUAGAUUCCAAGGGGGGUGUGGUUGGUGGCACUAUAGAUGUUAACACCUUGGAGAUGGUUUCUCACAUCUCAGAACAUCCAAACCAACAACCCAGCCAUAAAAUCCAAAUCACAUUGGGUUCCACUGAUGCUCGAGUUGAUUACAUGGGAUCAAGUAUCCUGAUGGGAAUUUUCAGCAAUGCAGAUCUGCAACUACAAGAUGAAUGGAAAGUUAAUCUUUAUAAUACAGUAGACUUGAGCAUGACUGAGAAAAGUGAAGUAUUUGUUCAUGGCGAUCUGCAAUGGGACAUUUUCCAGGUCAUGAUCUCACGAUCAACCACACCUGACCUAAUUAAAAUUGGAAUGAAAUUGCAAGAAUUUUUCACUCAGCAGUUCGAUACAAGCAAACGAGCCCUAUCUACCUGGGGUCCUGUCCUCUAUAUACCUCCAAAAACACCAGUAAUAAAUGUGGAGAGAAGUUCUAGUGAACAUUUAUUGGAUGCAGCCCAUCAUCGCCAUUGGCCAGAAGUGUUAAAGGUGAUCGCUGGAUGUCAGAUUUCCCUAUUCCAAAUGCCUCUGCCUGAAGAUGCAGUGCAACUGGGUGGAUCCAUGAGUUUGCAUGGAAAUCACAUGACUCUAGCAUGCUUUCAUGGACCAAACUUUCGUUCAAAGUCGUGGGCAUUAUUCCACCUUGAGGAGCCCAAUAUUGCUUUCUGGACUGAGGCUCAGAAAAUCUGGGAAGAUGGUGCCAGUGAUCAUUCAACGUAUAUUGUACAAACAUUGGACUUUCAUUUGGGACACAAUACAAUGGUUACGAAACCUGGUGGUGCUUUAGAAAGUCCAAUGGCCACAAUCACCAAAAUAACAAGACGUCGUCAUGAAAACCCACCACAUGGUGUUGCAACUGUACAGGAGUGGUUCAAUUACGUUACUGCCAUGAGGAAUGAAGAGCUCAACCUCCUUCGAAAUGUUGAUGCUAACACCACAGACAGUAAGGCAACUAUUAAAAGUUCCAGUCUGUUAAGUGGCUUUCGUGGAACUGCAAACUACAACCAUGAGACAGAAACGAUCUUUGCUUUGCCAAGGAUGCAGCUGGACUUCAAAUCAAUACAUAUGCAGGAACCUCAAGAACCUUCACUGCAAGAUGCCAACAGUAAGCCUAAAGUAGAAUGCAGCGUUGUGACAGAAUUCACUGAUCACAUUUGUGUCACCAUGGAUGCUGAACUGAUUAUGUUCUUACAUGAUCUCGUGUCUGCUUACCUCAAAGAGAAAGAGAAAGCAAUAUUUCCUCCUCGAGUUCUCGCCAUGCGUCCUGGCCAAAAAAGUCCUGUUAUUGCUCAUGAUGACAGUUCCACGGAUAAAAACAAGGAGGAGGUGAUCUACACAACUGUGGAUUGGAGAGAGUUUGUUUGUAAUACCUGGCACCUGGAACCCACACUAAGAUUAAUAUCCUGGACUGGAAGGAAGAUUGACCCUGUGGGUGUAGAUUAUAUUCUUCAAAAGCUGGGAUUCCAUCACGCCAGAAUCACUAUACCAAAAUGGGUGCAGCGAGGUGUCAUGGAUCCAUUAGAUAAGGUUCUGUCAGUUCUUAUUAAAAAACUUGGAGUAGCACUACAGGAUGAAAAAGAAAAGAAAGGAAAAGAUAAGGAGGAACAUCAAAAAUAAAGUUCAUUACAAGAGAACAACCACUCAUUCUUAAUGCUGUAAAUUUCGUUUGUGGAUUUAAUGGUGUGUAAUUAAUUUGAAUAGUACUUCAUCAGAAUUUAGUUUUAAUGGAACUUUGUUAGCAAAAAUCAACUGGAAAAUACUUCCAUAUGAUAACUUAAUGACUGGCAUAACUGUUGUUAUGAAUGUAUUACUGUAACAGUUUGCUGUGGUGCCACUUUAAACUAGUUCAGUAUUGCACAAUUAUUAUGUUGUAUAUAUGGAAAAAUGGUUGAAUGAACAGUGUCAAAAUGCUGCACAGCUUUGUUUUUGUGAUUAUGUACAAUGCAUUUAAUGUCUUUUAUUUUAGUUACCAAAAUGAAUAUUAAGAGAAUUAUCCUACAGUUUAUUGUUCAUAAUUAAGUUGCCAUUGUUAUGUAUUUGUUCUUUGUUAUAUGUAUUGCACUGGAAAGAAAAAUGUUAUGGUUAAAAUUAUUAAUCUCUUUAUUGCUAAUGCAGAACAAAAUGGUUACAUGUUCAUCUGUGAAUGUCAUGAAUUUAAAAACUCUUAAAUUAAUGAUGCUGCUCUUUAAAAUUUAACCACUCCCUAAUCAGCAAAACACACAAAUUAUAUUACACUGUACUUAAAGUUAAGGUUAUAUUUAUUUUUUUCAACUUUAUUGGCAUAUUUAUCUAUAUUGCCAACAGUGGUGUCUUCUCAAUGAGAUACUAAAUUGACACACCUUUCCCUCUCUCAUUCUUGUAAAAGAGCAGAGGUGUCCUUUUAAUCUCUUAACAUUUGUCCUUCAUCCAACACCUAAAACCACGACCUUGAGAUUUAUUUAAUUGCUGUUUGUGAAGUCGACUUGUUUGUGCAUUGGCAGGUAUGUUUCUGAAAUUUCCACCUGUGACCAGAGUUCAAAGUACUUCUUUGACCAUAAAGUACUGUGACAGAUGCUGAGUUUGCUUGCUCUUUCAUAGAUUUAUAACUUGCUUUUAUUUAACAUCUUUAACACACAAAUGCAUCAAAAAAUUAAAAAGAUGUUGACUUUAAAGGAGGUAUAGAAGGGUUUGCUGAGGUUUCCUAAAGCAACAAACUAAUUAACUUAUUUACAAAUGUACUUCCAAUGUAAUUGAGGAUUUAGUGAUGGGAGAUGUGGGAAAAGGAAAUGAGGGUUUUCAUGUUGGAAGCAGGAGCAUUGGAAUUUGGGGAAAGCCAAACACUGGAAAAUGCAGUUCACAGAAUAAAAUAAGAAUGAUAGAAGUUGGCUGGAAUGGGUAAAAUAGAUUGCAAGGAUGUGGGGGAAUUAUUACCUGGCUGGGGCAUGAGGGAAGAUUGCAUGCAGUUGUGUAGGGACCUGUAUUUUUUCUGAGGCAGGAACAGCAGCAAACUAAUGAGUGGAAGUGGUCUGAUUGAUGAUUAACUAAAAAAAGGUGAAUGAAACGUGGUGAAUGGAAAACAAGAAUCCCCACAGGAGCAAAUAAGAGGGAAAAGGUAGGGGAAGACUUGGACCUCUGGACUAACAGAUUCUACACCACAAUGAUUCUGAGUGAAUAAAACACAGAAGAGGAUAAAUAUCUGGAAAUGGAGCAUAGGAUUUGCUGGGGGAAAGGGCUCGUUGAAAUAGGUCAGUGCAGUAAUUGCUGGUGCUCGGUUGAACAAGGAACACGAGAAGACCAACAAACAGAGCCUCUUGCACUAUGACCUUCAAUGCAUGGAAUGGAGAAUAUGCAUCAUAUGGUUCUCAGUGUGGCCUGUGCUUUGUGUUUGUUCUCUGCAGCCAUACUGCAUUUAACAUAAUGCUUCCAUGAAUCAACAGGCUACAGGAAGCAACCGGAUCUGGAGUCGGAACAUAGUGGAAAUCAAAGUCCCACCUACAAAUCGCUCUGCUGGGCUUUUGACAACCCGUGCUGUAAAACACCUUUUAUAUUUUCUAAGUACAUGUAUAUAAACAUGUUCAAAGCUAUAGAAAUUAAAAAUGUUCAUUCUAA